UUGGCUAGCUUUAGCCUAAUGGUCAUACAAUACCUCAGAGCACUCUUCAAUGGGGUUUAGUCCCUUCAAGGUUGUGUAUGGUCAAGCGCCACCUUGGCUCCUCCCUUAUGAGCUUAGGUCAACGACAGUGUAAGCAGUCAAAGAAGAAAUGAAAAACUAAGACUUCAUUCUUACUCUAGCAUGAGAAAACCUACAGGAAGCUUAAAGGAGGAUGAAGCAUUAUGCCGCCAAGAAGAGAACAGAAAGAGAAUAUAGUGUAGGAGAUUGGGUCUAUUUAAGGUUAAGACCCUAUCUGCAAACGAUUGUUGCCAUGAAAAGAAGCUUGAAGCUUUCCCCAAGGUACUUUGGACCCUUCCAGAUCAUUCAAAGGAUUGGAAAGAUGGCAUACUGGCUAUUAUUGCCCAAGGAAUCUAAGAUCUACCCGGUAUUUCACAUCUCUUGCCUCAAAAAGAAGCUUGGAGCUCAAGUAAACACUAACCCUAAACUGCCAUCUAUUAUGGGGGAUGGCACAUUAGCACCCGAACCAAAAAAAGCAAUAGAGAUGAGGCUCAAGAAAAAGGGGAACAAAUUGAGAGUAGAUCUCUUAGUUCAAUGAAAAGGAUCUAAAAAGGAAGAUGCAACCUAGGUAGAUGCAGAGGAGCUGCGAAGGAAAUAUCCAAAACUUGUGGUCGAGUUCUUAUGCAGGAAGGGGCCGUGUUACAUGCCUAAGUCUUAGGGCUUGUAAGGGCUAAGUAGGAUGGGGAAUUACUUAAUUUGUUAGGGUCAUUUCUGUAUUGUUAUCUCUUUAUUUUCAGUUGGUUCAUAGAAUGAGUCAAUGGGCUGUUAGUAAUUGAUCAGGGCCGUGGCCUGUUAGUGGGUAGUUACUUGUAAUGCAAUAGUACGUGCACGUUGGGGAAGUUAUUUUCAGUUGUUUUCCAAUUGUAAUGUCUAUUUAAGUCGGAAUGCAUUAUGAAUGAAAUCAUCACUUUGAAUCUCAAUAUUGCCGAGUGCAUCUUGGAGGUUUUCGGCUCCUCGAAUUGCCAGGUUUUCUUGAUCUGAAAUAUUAGGACCAUAACAAAAUGGCUCUCAUUAAAGCUGCCUUUGUCGCCGCUCGCUCUUCAAUCCCUUCAAUCCGUUCAGCUUUUGAUUUUCACAGGAACGCAAGGUCCAUCCAGUCAAUUACUGCCCUUUCCAAGAGGGGCUUUGCGAGUACCCAGAAGAAGAUCAAGGCAGAUGAGUCGUUCUUGCACCAGUUUAGGAGAACGAAGGGCUUGUCUGUCACUGAUAUCACUGCCACGGAAUGGUGCGAAAAACAAAUGGAGUUUGUUCUCCGCCGUGCCAAGCGCGAAAGUACUAAAGCUAUGAAAGCCGGUAGUGCUCGCCAUACAAAUCUUGAAGAAGAGGUUGUGAAAAAAGUGAAAGCUCGUGUCAAAUGUAAAGAAGACAUAUGGGCUCUGAAGCUUUUGAACUUUACAAUUGGCGCUAAUCAAUUAUUGUUUCAAGGAUUAACGCGUGAACUACCACUAAUAGGCUUUGCAGAAGGUGUAUGGAUGGUGGGAGUGAUUGAUGAGAUCUGUAUGCCUGCAACAGAAACCAAUAUGAACCCAAAAUUAAUUGACACAAAGACUCGUGUACGAGGCACUCUUCCUGCUGAACCACAAAGAAGGAAUGGAAGGCUUCAAUUAAUGUGCUACAAGUAUAUGUGGGACAAUUUAGUUGCUGACAAUUUUCCCUCCAGAGAAUUUUACAAAUUUUUUGCCUUGAACCCACAUUCUAUAUUAUCCGAAGAAAUUAGAGAAAAAACUGCUGACUCAGGGUUCCCGGCAGAUACCCUUGAUGAUGUAGUGAGAUUCUACAAAAAUACCUGGACCACACUGCCCCCUUCUUAUGACCAGCUUUUAUUGAGAUAUGAGUUUCAAAAAGACAAUUCAUUGAUUGGCGAAGAUCAAUUUGCAUUUGACCCUGAUUGGCUCAAGAAUCAAAUUCAUGGUUGUCUUGAGUUCUGGCUAGGGGAGCGAGAAGCCUGUUACACUCCAGAGGAAGAGCGUUGGAAAUGCCGGUUCUGUCAGUUCGCUUCUAUCUGUCCUGCAAACACCGACCAUGAUAGUACUCCAAGCCCGACCAGCGCCAACUCAAGUAGUACACCAAGCUAGAGAAAACAUUGACAUUGCUUUAAUGUCUUACACUCAUUAAUUAUGUCUUACACUCUCAGUAAGCAUUGUAAUUAUAUUAAUGGAUAAUGCAUUUUCUUGGCUUCAA